AAUCAGCAAAAGACAGGAAUGAAAACAUGCCAGAAGAUGUUGACCCAUCCACCGAAAUGGAACAGUGAAUGGAAAGGGGAAUGUGCCUUAAUAACUCCAACCUCAUCAAAUCAUUGGCUGUGUCUGUGUUUCGUUUCACCUUUCAAAUUUUCUGCUCUAUUCUACUGACAAUAACCAAAAGAAAGAACACUAAAAAGGAAGACAGUACCAGAAUCCUGGGUGUGUCUUUUGUGGCACAAGACUUUUUGUCGAUCGUACAAAACACACACAACCGAUACUAAAAUGUAUAAGGUAUAAGGUUGUAGCUUGUCACAUACACACCAACGUAACACCUAUAUAUAGAAGUGUAUGGUUGAGGUUGUCGCGUGUUACUGUUACUAUUUCUUUUGCAUUUCGAUUUGGAUUGGGGGGAAAACAGAUAAAUGGUUUGUGAAGAAUCUUCAUCGGACACUGCCCCAUCUUCCGAGUUCUACAAAAUCGCUUCUGUUGAUUCUUCUUUUUCCUCUGCCGAAUCCAGCUUUCGUGAACUCGAUGAUGCAUUCCUUCAGACUCAAGCGAGAAUUUGGCUUGGAGAAGUAUUGCAGAUAAGACUAGAUGAGCAAAUUAUUAUAUCAGAACUACUUGCUGAUGGAGAAUUGCUGUUUCAAGUGUCAAAAGUUGUGUGGAAAUUUCUAUUGGCAAAACACAUGGAGCUAAGACAUUCAAAAUUUUACAAAAACCAACCAUUUGCUUCUAAGAAGAUCAGUGGGAGAUACAGGCCUUAUUCUAAUGUUGAUUCAUUUCUGAAGAUUUGCAAAAUUUUGGGACUUACUGGUGUUGACCUCUUCUCUCCGUCAGAUGUAGUUGAGAGAAGAAACACUCGAAGAGUUUGUAUGUGUAUACGUUCAUUCUCCAAAAAAUCAAGGUCUAUGAAUAUAAAUGUUCCAGACUUUGACAUUGUGACUUGCAUGGUAGCCAUGCCCAAGGAUUUGGUUGGAUGUAUCCGUAGGAGCAUAGAGCUGUCUCAUAGCAUCCUAGCAGAUUCCUCAGAUAGUUAUUGUUACCAAAAACAUGCAAGAGGAAAAUCUAGACAGGGUUACUCAGCUACAGGCUCCACUAGAGACUGCAAGCCAUAUUCAGACCAAUCUGAAUAUACAGAAAACCAACACCUAGUGCUUCAAUUUGAUGGCUUAGGUACGGACGACUUGUAUGAUUAUACAUCAGAGACAAACUACGACGUAGAGUCCCCCAUGGUUGAAUUUGGAAGUGUUUAUAUGCCUGAAAAUUUUGAUCAAUUGGGCAUUCAAAACCAACAUAGAAAUGAAGAUUUUAAUGAUGAUUUUGAAUUGUUAUGUUCAAUGGAAUCAUUGCAGUGUCAUUGCUCUAAGAAUGUAGAGCAUGAUUGUGAGCUGAUUUGGUCAUCAUCUCAUCCUUUUGGGGAUUUACGUGCUGACCUUAUUGGUAUGACCUCUCAUUUAGAUAAUAGAGUCGAAAAAAUCCAAGAAAGUAGGUUUAUGGACUUCGAUUACUUUGAGCAUGUGUUGUCAGGUUGGACUCCUUCGAAUGACAGAAUACCAUGUACGAUAGAUGCUAGCUCGCAUGCAAAUGAUGGGAAGGACCCGGAUCUGUUUCAGGAAGGAAAUAGUACACCAAAUGUGCCUCAAAGUGUUAGUUCUCAUGGUUCAAACCCAACUCCAAAUACUACUGAAAAUGGUAAUUGUUUUGAAAUUGGUGACAAUAUGGAGGUUGCUGGCAUGAGCUGUUUGUCAAGGGAAGCAUUGAACUUGGGAGAUCAAUUUGAUGCAGAGAACAACUGUCAGAACAUUGAGUCUUUUAAAUUGAACAAUGACAAGAGUGGUCACUGGGACAAGAUAAAAGAAGAACAUGAAUCUCAAGGCAUAAUGAAAUGUAAGGAAAUGGCAUAUGGUAUCACUUACAAUGAAAGAUAUUCAUAUUUUGUAAAGAAAUUUGAGGAAACUGAGCAUUCACUAUAUUGUUCUGAUUGGUACUUCAGAAAUUCUAAUUCUUCCGAUAGAACUGUACCUCAUAGCAAUGACAUUAGCUCAACUUCACUGAAAAAGUUACUAGCAUAUGAAGAGAGGAACUCUCAAGUUGAUUUAAAGUGCUUGGAUAAUGCUAGUUGCAACCAAUCUGGUGAGUGUCCGUCCGAUCAGUCUUAUUAUUUGCCUGAGUCUUGUAAAUGGGAUCAGAAAGGAAAAUUUGCUAUGACAUCAUAUAGAAAUAAUGGUAACAAAAGUUCUCCAUGUAUUUUGGAGGAUGGAUUAUAUGAGGAAACUACACCUUGUAAACAGAAAACUUCUGAAAUCUUGAUGUCCAAGGUUAUGUUGUCCUCUCUACGAAACGAAGAUGUAGUUAGUGGAGCUGCUAUUGAGUUGGGCACUGAUGGUAAAGAGCUAAACAAUGAUUGUCUUGCUCUUGCAUCAAAUUCUAUAGGUGUAGAUGACUCUGAAAAAUGCCCAAAUAUUGGUGAUGAAGUUAAUGAUUUCUGCAAAGGUGUCGCAACUCAAUACAUGGGAAAUGGAGACGGAGGUCAGAAAAUACUACUAGAUUUAAUAACUAAUAAUGUAGUUCCUGUCAACUGUGAUGAUCAACGCUUGAAACUUGAAUUGAAUGAUGGUCAUCAAGCAUGUCAAUAUGAGAAGGACCCUUUCUACCUUUCAGAACAUACUCAUGUAAUUAAAGAAGAAAUAAAACCGGAUGAUGAUAGCCUGCACUCCUUAGAAAAAACAGACGUGGGAGCUAUAGAAAUACCAAAAGAAAAAACUCAAAAGAGGCUACUGCUAAGAUCAGUGUUGGGUGGUGCAGCUGCUGUUGGUUUGCUAGUCAUGGUUUUGCACCUAAGGAGGAAUGGUGGAGAAAAAGCUGCACAACCAAGUAUGGCAUCUAGUCAUAAAGGCAAAGAGAAGAUACAGAAAAAAUCACCUCUGAAAGUAAAGAGGAUAAGUACAACAAAAGGGAUUUAUCCAGCUGAAAAGCUCAAGUUAAAGUAAUAAAUAUUUAAGUCUCUUACAGAUAAUGAGAAAGGUGUAAAGAAAAGUUUCAUCCUAUUUUACAAUGUUUAUCAAAUUGACCCCGGGGAAUAACAAUUUUGAAAAGCUCUUCCCAGAAUCUUUUUUCCCCGUUUCAAACAUGAUAAUAUAGAUUUCACCCUUACUCUUCAUUGCUCCAAGAAUCGUAUUGAGCAGCUAUGGUAACGU